AUGAAUAUUUGUCUCCGUUAGUUGUCUAACAGUUUCACUUACUUUAUUGAUGAAAUACAAGUUGAGAAUAAUGAAACUUAUUUUUUUACUACUGUGCGUUACUUUCGGGCGUGCAAAAUCGGCAAAAGAAUACGUUGUUAACGGGGAAAAUGCAAAGAUCGGGGAGAGACCAUUUCAAAUUUCGCUUCAAGAAGGAAGUAGCCAUUUUUGCGGAGGCUCCAUUAUAAAUAAAAACUACGUUUUAACUGCAUCCCACUGUGUCAGCCAUCUCAAAGAUGAUGCAGUUUCCAACAUUCGUAUAGUAGCAGGCACGAUUUUGCACAAAAAACCUGGUAGUGUUCAUAAGAUUGAAAAAAUCAUCAUGCAUGAAGGCUACAAUCCAUCUGACUCGUACAGAAAUGACAUAGCAUUGAUUAAAGUUGUGGAGCCCUUCAAAUUUUCCGUAGAAACUCGACCCGUUCCAUUGCCAAAGCAACACGAAAGUACCAGACCCGGCAGUCGCGCUACGCUUUCUGGUUGGGGUUAUCUACAUCUUAAUGGCGGGAUCCCCGAUAUUCUACAGAAGGUAAACAUUGCCGUUGCCGAUCAAAAUAAAUGCCGUAAGGCGAUAGACAGCGCGGAGAGGGGAUUAACCAUCCACCCGACAAACAUUUGCGCUUUCAAUCCACGACGCAGACAAGGCCAAUGCAGCGGCGAUUCCGGCGGUCCAUUGACGGUUGAUGGAAAACUCGUAGGCGUCGUUUCAUGGUCGUAUAAAGAUUCGGAUUGCGCCAGCACGAUCUAUCCUGGUGUUUAUACUCGUGUUGCCGAAUACGUCGAUUGGAUCAACAAAAACACGCAGUGAAAAUUUGUCGAACUAAUUAAUAUUUGUGUUAAUAAAUUUCCUAUAUCGAGUGAA